GCCUGUGUGCGCAGUUUUGCUGCAGCCUGAAGCAGAGCACAGCUGUCCGGUGCAAACAGCGGCAAACAUCACCGACUCUCUGGCUGCAACGAUAAAUGCUAACAGCAGGCCGCCGACUUUGUCAAAAAAGAGACUAAAGUAAGCAAGAAAGUGAGCUGGUAAGGAUUUGUUGUAACACGUAGAGCUUUUUUUGGAGUCCCGGUGUGAUAAGUAUGCCACCGUCUACGACUCGUGGACGGCUAGCUAGCUACAUUAGCUGGCUAGCUAGCAGUUAGCUGGUUGGCUACAUUUAUAGUGUGCUAAUCUUAUUGUAUUUGACGCUUUAUGCCUUAAUAGACCCCGGCUUGGUUUGCAACGUAUUAACGCAGUCAUUCAAAUGCGCUUUGGUAUUUCUGUAUUCCGGUUAGCUUGCUUCUUUUUAGUGAAUUAGACUGAAGGCACUGAGGUGAAAUGGCUAAUCUUUAGAUACCAGGUAGCUUUAAAACAAACAUUAGCUGGCUUUACUUGCAGUCACUACUUCACCGCUGCUCUUUCACUCUGCAAACUUAUAAAAAAACAUAUUUCCAUUCAGUAGAGAUAGGUUUCUCUUUCCAGUAAGUGGCAUCACUACUUCCCCGUCCUGAUUAACAUGCCUGUCCAAAGACAAAAUGGACUGAUGAGGUUUUUUAUUACACAAGGAACAGUUGUUGACAAAACCCCUUUUCAUUUAGUGGAGCAUAGCAAAUAAUCUGAAUCAGUGAAUGAAAAUGUUCAUAUUUCUUUUAUAUUUCUGAACACUUACAGACUAUUAAGUUCUCUAAGACUUGAACUUUAAAGCUUGCAUUGUGAGAUAUUUGAUUUAAUGUAAAAAGCAAGGAUGUGCAAUAGUAUAGGCACAAUACAAGUAUCAACAGAUAUUAAAACGCUGCUGAUAUCUAUGGCAGAUAAGGUGCCACAUUAAUAUGCAUAUGUGUUGCCAGCUUUCAUAUGCCACCCACUGACCAUAUGCAGAAUAUACAGUUAUUUACAUUUUAAUCUACAGUAUAUGGCACCAACCAUGAUCUUUCACACAUAGCUGAAUUUCUAUGCAUGAAAAAGAUUACAUCUGUCAUUUAUGGUAACAUUACACAAUGUUUCUUCAUUGUAUUAAGUUUAAAAGGGAUGUUGUGAAUCAUGUUGUAAGGUAGGCUAUAUAUAUAUAUUAGAUGCAGUUUUGUUUUUUAUGUGAGAUAUUGGUAUUGACAUGAACAAUUUGAUAAUGGUUACCCUUGAGUCAGGAUAAGAAUCCAGCAUAUAACUGUAAUGAUACUUUGCCCCUCCCAUACGGAUGUGUAAUGUUAGACAUGAAAACUGCAUGUGUUGACAGCACCUUCUAUGUAAAUAGAGGUUCAGAUAGAGUUUCAUCACUUGUAUAAUAGAAGGUAUUGCAUGAUUCGCCUGAGUCCUCAUGAUAUUGCUUGUACUGCAUCAUGUUUUUACAGCUCAUGUAAAUGUGACUGUUUUUCACAGGUGAAAUUGAAGUAAACCAUAUCUGUUCCCUCUCUACUUUGGUUCUGACCAAGUGGGUAUUGCUCUACAAAUGGAUAAUGGAGACUGGGGCCAUAGGGUAAGAGAUAGAAAGAAAUCUGGAAAAUUAGAGUUUUAUCAGAUCUUUGUUUCUGAUGUUAAAUUCACUCUAUUGUAGGUAUAGUUGUGCAGUCUUUUGCUUCAGUCCCAAGGUAGUUAAAUACCACCUCCAUAAAGGUGAAGAGACUAUUUAAAAAAAAAAAAGGGAUACAAUUCUGACAUUGUUUAACACUCAAGCAGCACUUAAGAUUUACUUAAGCAAGAUGUGACUAUUUACAUAUAACCAGCAUGAACAGCAGGAUCCUUAUGCCAUCUCCUUUGUGACCAAACAAAAACCUGUCCUUAUGUUCUUUUCUGCUGAUGUUGCCCUAGAUGAGUUCUCCUGUUACUUUAAAUGUUGGAGGCCACCUGUACACCACCAGUUUAUCAACCCUGCAGCGCUACCCUGACUCCAUGCUGGGUGCCAUGUUCCGGGGAGAUUUCCCCACAACUCGUGACUCCCAGGGGAACUAUUUCAUAGACCGUGAUGGAACCCUUUUCAGGUACAUCCUGAAUUUUCUGCGGACAUCUGAGCUCACCCUCCCCAUGGACUUCACAGAGACAGACCUCCUGAGGAAGGAGGCAGAUUUCUACCAAAUCGAACCCCUAAUCCAGUGCCUUCAUGAUCCCAAGCCGCUUUACCCUCCUGAUAUAUUUGAGCAGGUUGUAGAGCUCUCCAGCACACGGAAACUAUCCAAAUACUCCAACCCCGUCGCUGUUAUCAUCACACAGCUAACUAUUACCACAAAGGUUCAUGGCCUGCUGGAGGGUAUUUCCAAUAACUUCACCAAAUGGAACAAACACAUGAUGGACACCAGAGACUGCCAGGUGUCCUUCACCUUUGGACCAUGUGACUAUCAUCAAGAGGUGUCCCUAAGGGUUCACCUGAUGGACUACAUCAUGAAGCAAGGCUUCACCAUCCGCAACACGCGUGUGCAUCAUAUGAGCGAGCGUGCAAACGAGAACACAGUGGAGCAUCACUGGACUUUCUGUCGACCGGCUCACAAAGUUGAGGACUAAGUAACAGCAGAGUUGUAGUGGGUGUUUAAUUUGUCUUCAUAUGACACAAAUCAUGAUUAAAAAUGACCAACUGCUCUAUGUUUCAGUGAUGAAUCAUGGAUAAGACUUUUCCCGUAUUUUGAUCAGAGUGGUAACACUACGAACCUUCAGAUACGUUCAGACAGGAAAAAUAAUGACUAUUUAAGUUAUUUAUUGAGUCACAUGUUUGAACGGAGGAGUGUUAUCUUUGUGUAACACUCUUAUCUGUGCUACCACUAAAUGUUUGACAAGGUCUAAAAAAACAACAGCAUUCCUUAAGAAGCAAAUGGGCCUUAUUGCAAGGAUUGUAUUCAUUAGGGGGCACCUAUUUAUCACGAAAUACUUCUUUUCACAUGGGUACAUUGAGUUUCCUAAGAAUUUUCUGAUGUGCUCCCAACAUAUUCAUCUAUUAAUUCCUAAGUUAGUACUAAGAUGAUUGUAAAAAGGAGGGCUGGUAUUUAAGACUCGGUGCCUACCUAAGGUAUGAAAUACACUUUUAAACACAUUAAUAUAAAUAGAUUGCAGUUUUGUGAAAAGGGGAGAAAAAAAGUUCAGUACCGCAGACAGUUGAUGUCCUGGUUGGGACCUGAACUCUUCUUUUUCGGAGCCCAAGUUAUCAGGGGUGUACCUUUUUUUUUUAAUAAUAGUAAAUUAUUAUUAUUGUCCUUAGCCCAGUGUCUUUCUCGUGAGUUUACUGUAGAAAAUCAAAUUAGUCUAAGGUUUAGCUCUCUAUUAUCUCCUGGUUAUGGUACUAUUUCCCAAGACCCUAGUCAAUGUUGCAUGUGUCUGUCUAGUCUUUUUGUACAGAAAUUGCUGUGUGCGCUUUGCAGUAUUGUGUCAUAGUGAUGUGUUUGGUCAUUCCAGCCAAAAUAAACCCAUUUGUGUAUUUGUCACUCAUUAAUUUUGCUUCAGCGUUUACCUUCUCAGCUUUUGCACUUCUGUUCCUGCCAAUUUUUCCUUGAUGAAACUCAAUGAAAUGAUACACUUAAAACCUCAUUCAUGACUAAAUUUCAGAGCCAUUGUGAGGGACUCCUGUCAGUAUAAAGUACAUUCCUGAGA